CAACCACGCGGUUUCACAUCGUUCAUCAUUAUUCGUGUUUUUCCGGCCAAUGAAGCUAGAAGCCGAGGCUUAGAAAUUUUCUGCAAAUAAUUCCAUUUUUACAACAAACUAACCCAUUUUGUGACUGAGAAUCAAUCGAAUAUCAAGAUGACUGAAGAGGUUAACCCGAAGGCUUACCCACUGGCCGACCAGUCGCUCACUUCGAAGAUCAUGACGCUGAUCCAGCAGGCGGUAAACUACAAGCAGUUGCGCCGUGGUGCCAACGAAGCUACCAAAACGCUGAACCGUGGUCUGUCCGAGUUCAUCGUAAUGGCUGCAGAUGCGGAACCGAUCGAAAUCAUCUUGCAUCUUCCGCUGCUGUGUGAGGACAAGAACGUACCGUACGUGUUUGUGCGAUCCAAGCAGGCGCUCGGUCGUGCGUGCGGUGUAUCGCGCCCAAUCGUCGCCUGCUCCGUGACGAUUGAUGAAGGAUCGCAGCUUAAAUCUCAGAUUGUAUCAAUCCAGCAGGAGAUCGAACGGCUGCUCGUUUAAUUAGGGGGUUACCCGGGACAAAGUACAAAGUGUAUUAUGACGCAUUUUAUCGGUUUUUGUAAACGGGAUGCUUAUUGGGAGAAAAAAAAACCAUAAACUUGUAUAGUUUUACGGAUAUAAGUUCGUAAAGCGCGAAA